AUGACAAUCAUUUUGGCUGUUAAUUACUUCGAUAGAUUCUUUUUGAGCGAUUCUUUCCAAAAAGAUAAGUCGUGGAUGAAUCAGUUAGUUGCGAUCGCUUGUCUUUCUUUAGCUUCUAAAGUUGAAGAAAUCCAUAUCCCUCUCCUCUUAGACCUCCAAGUUAAAGGAUCAAAAUAUGUAUUCGAAUCCAAGACUAUAAUGAAAAUGAAGCUUUUAGUUCUUUCUUCUCUUCAAUGGAAGAUGAAUCCAUUAACUCCACUUGCAAUCUUCGAUUACACAAUGAGGAGGCUUGGUUUAAUCACUCAUCGUCUUCAUUAA